UCCUCGACUGCCUCGACUCCCUUUGAGCACGUCAGACAUCUUCAGCCCUCUGCAAUCUCCGCCUUCUACAGUCUCACAUCAGGUUCUGACCUACGUCCUAUAUCUCGAAAGUCUACCACCAUCUCAUCCUACUAGACAUUCACAAGCAUGGCCGCCUCUGCCUCUACCCUUCCACAAAUGGAAGGAGGCUCUCCCACCAAGAAGCCUUUUGCACCCACCUCGUCAACUCGCACUCCCUUUACACGAACCGACUCCAGGGGAGAAUACCAACUCGAAGCUGCCGUGCCAGAAGAUGUGCAGGUCAAGCUUCAGUCGAUCGGAAUGAGGGCUAGGAUGGCUGUCGGUAGAGGCUACGACCCCUCUCUUCCUCUUGGCAACAUCUCCUCCUCCAACACCAACAAUGCUUCGCUGGAAGGCUCCUCUCGCUCCGUCUGGUCGCGAGUACAGUCCGCUCCCAACUACACAAAGGAACUCCAGCCGUUCAGUGAAGUCCUUCUACCCACUCACUCUCCCUUCUCCAUUCUUAAUGGCGGCACAAUCAUAGAGGAAGACGGAAUGAGUGUGGCUAGCGGGAGUCACUACUCUGGCAUGUCGAAGAAGAGGGGAAUGGACGCCGAGGAUGUGUUGGGAGACUUUAUGAGCGAUGAUGAAGAGAGUGGGGGAGAGGAAAACGUCUCGCUUACCAGAGAGGGCGAGGACUUUGCGAUGAUGACCGACGAUCGACCCUCCAAUCCUCUCCGACCGAUUCGCGCUCUUCCUCCAGUCUCCUCCUCGAACCCAUUCCCGCGAAGAGCCUUCACUCAGUCCCAGACACUUCCAGCAUCCCUCACAACCUCGCGCUAUCUAGCCGGAGGUCUCGGAGCUUCAGCAUCGCAGGCAAGCAUGGCGGCUGAAGACCCGGAGGAGGAGGCCAAGUGGCGGGCCAUUCGAUUCGAGGAGUUUGUCAAGAAGGACGACUUCUGAGUGAAGGGCACUAGUGCCAGUGUAGCGGGCAAGCGAGCUCAGCUGGGUCCUUGCUCAGGUAGACGUGUCUUGUGAUCUGUCAGUCAGUCUGUUUAUAUCUUCCAUCGCAUACGCUCCUUUUCUCUUUCAAGCAACAGAUCAAUCUCAUCAUCGCCGAUGCCUGAUAGGUCCUUUUGUUACGUUGGCAUUGUCGUGACUCUACCAAGCGCAACUCCUGACGAUGAUCCUGACGCACUCCUCGAGUCCUUCUUGAUCUACCUCGUCAAAGCCAUCUUCAUCCACACAGUCAAUGUCCAGCACGCCAAGGAUGACCUCCA